AUGGCCUUGCCUUGCCUUUGCUUUGCUACUGAAGCGAAAAGCAUUUUCAAUUUUUUUUCCGACCAUCUAGAGUUCAAACCGGUUGCAUGCAAUGUCCAUGGAUAUAAGCAGACCCAUUUCCUUGCACUUUCUUGUCUAGGCGACAUUUGCUGGGAUGUUGCUUCAUACCAGGCAGCAUGCCUCAAAAAGGCUGCUCCAUUUUCAUGUUUGGCUGCCUGGGUUUUGUGCUCUCGGGAGUGGCGGACUUGUCUGCGGCUCUAUGCACACAUGCACACUGAACGACACUACGUACGCUGUACCAUGACGAUCUUGGCUCCGACUCCUCCAAUCCUCCCCCUCUCCUGGGGGUGGCAGCCACAAAUCAACCUACCACGUACUAUUUCCUGCAUCCCCUUGGACGAGUUUUUGGCUAGUGUAACCAACUUUCACCGCAUGCCUUGCCACAAAAAGGCUGCCUCCAUUUUCAUGUUUGCCUGGAUUUUGUGCCACAUUGGUGUGGGAGUCUCGCGAGUGGCGGAGCUCUAUGCAUACGACACCACAGGUACCUACCAUGAAGAUCUUGGCUCCGCCUCUUCCAAUCCUCCCCUCAAACAUGCACCGUCGAGCUUGUUCGGAACUCAACAUUCGAUUGCUAUCGAAUGA